AUGUCCGACAUCAAGCAGACAACGAGCGUACACUCUAUGAUCUCGGCGGGCGCUGGCGCCGAUGCCAAGCUAGCCUCGAUGGGCUACGAAGCUGAGCUCAAACGAAAUCUCAACAUGUUCACCAUCCUCGGUCUCAGUUUCUCUAUCAUCGCUGCUCCAUUUGGUCUUAGCACUGCUUUCUCAAUCGCGCUCACGUGCGGUGGGCCCGUCACAAUCCUUUACGGCUGGCUUGUUGUCUCGCUUAUCUCGCUCUGUAUGGCUGCAUCCUUGGCCGAGUUGUGCUCGAUGUAUCCUUCAUCGGGAGGCGUCUACGUCUGGUCAGCGUUCGUCGCAACUAAGAAAUGGGCGCCGUUGACCUCGUGGAUUGUAGGUUGGGUCAGCUUGGUUGCCAACUGGACGCUUUGUCUUUCGAUCAACUUUGGUGGCGCUCAGCUCAUUAUGGCUGCCAUCUCGCAGUUCAGAAACAAUGAAUGGGCUCCAGCGGCUUGGCAGACUAUUUUGACAUUUUGGGCUUGUAUGCUGAUCGCUGCUAUCAUCAAUGCCUACGGUGUUAAGUACAACUACCUCGACCGUCUCAACACGCUUUCUUUCUACUGGACGGCAGCGGGAACCCUGAUCAUCGCCAUCACCAUCCUGGUUCGUGCCAAAGACGGACGCAAGGACGCCGAAUUUGUCUUUUCCGGCUGGGAAAACACCAGCGGCUGGCCCGAUGGCUGGGCCUUCUUCGUUGGUCUCCUGCAAGCAUCUUACGUGCUCACUGGCUACGGCACCGUGGCAGCGCUGUGUGAGGAAGUAGCCGAGCCGGAAAAGCAGGUGCCCAAGGCCAUCGUUUGGUCUGUAGUCGCAGCGAGCGUUACUGGCUUUGUUUACCUGAUCCCGGUUCUCUUCGUUCUCACCCCAGAUGCUGCUGAUUUGCUCUCUGCUGCGGCUGGACAGCCCAUCCCGGUCCUCUUCUCGCUUGCAACUGGCUCGCCAGGUGGCGGGUUUGGACUGCUGUUUAUCAUCCUCGGCGUAUUUGCCUUUGCCGGCAUCGGUUCGCUUACAGUCGCCCUUCGAUGUACAUGGGCAUUUGCUCGCGAUGGAGCUAUCCCCGGAAGCAAGUACUGGGCCAAAGUCAACAAGUCGCUCGACCUGCCCCUCAACAGUCUCAUCCUCUCCACUGUUGUCAUCUCACUCCUCGGCCUCAUCUACCUCGGCAACACGGCUGCCUUUUCUGCCUUCACCGGUGUCGCCACUAUCUGCCUUGGCAUCAGUUACGGUAUCCCCAUAGCUGUUGCCAUGUUCAGACGUCGAGUCAUGCUCCAAGAUGCGCCGUGGACGUUGGGCAAAUUUGGAUACGUGAUCAAUAUGAUCACGUUUGUGUGGAUCGUCCUGGCUACCGUUUUGUUUUGCAUGCCAACCGUAGCGACACCAGAUGCGAGUACGAUGAAUUAUGCCAGCGUGGUCUUUGCGUUCUUCUUUGUUCUCAGUGCUGCUUGGUGGUUUGCUUGGGGCAGCAGGCAUUACGUUGGUCCACUGGGGGCUGCGCCAGAAGACGCCGUGGCCAACAUUCGAUCGAGUCACAACGUGCUUGCUGCAGAUUCCAAGCCUACCGUGGAGAUCUCGAGCCAUGCGUCCGAGGAAAAGUAG